UUUUACCGAAAGUGAGCUGCGAAGGAGAGAAGCCGCAACAUUUUUGUCAAUCUUAGGGUUCUUCUUCGCUCCUUCAGAUUUUGCUAAUCGUGCGUUGCUAAUCGGUCUGUGAAGAUGUUCUCUGCUCAGAACAAGAUCAAGAAGGAUAAGAAUGCGGAACCAACAGAGUGCGAGGAGCAAGUUGCUCAGGCCUUGUUUGAUUUGGAGAACACCAACCAGGAAUUGAAAUCCGAGUUGAAAGAUCUCUACAUUAACCAAGCUGUUCACAUGGAUAUCUCUGGAAACCGCAAAGCUGUUGUGAUUUACGUCCCAUUCAGAUUGAGGAAAGCCUUCCGCAAGAUUCAUCCCCGUCUUGUUAGAGAGCUUGAGAAGAAGUUCAGUGGAAAGGAUGUUAUCUUUGUUACCACAAGAAGGAUCAUGCGUCCUCCCAAGAAGGGUGCUGCUGUUCAGAGGCCACGUAACAGAACUCUUACCUCUGUUCAUGAAGCAAUGCUCGAGGAUGUUGCUUUCCCCGCUGAGAUUGUUGGAAAGCGUACUCGAUACCGUCUUGAUGGUUCCAAGGUCACGAAGGUGUUUUUGGAUGCCAAGCAAAAGAACGACACUGAGUACAAGCUGGAGACUAUGGUUGGUGUCUACCGUAAACUUACUGGCAAAGAUGUCGUAUUUGAGUACCCGGUUGAAGCUUGAUGGAUGAUGAUCAUCAGGGUAGAGAAAGAGCUUUUGAUUAUGUUUUGUGGUAUUUAGGAUGAAGGAAACUCUCUCAUUCAGUUCCUUAUUCACAAUCUUUAAUGUUCUAUUUUACAAAGACAGCUUUUGUGUUUUUCAAUUUUGAAAACUUUUUUGAAAUUUCAGAUUCAUCUCAAAUUUCUACAUCAAGAUA